CCAAAUCUGUGGCAAAAUGCGUUUGGUUUCUUUACUUCUCCUGUUGAUCUGCCAGGUCUACGGCUACUCCUACCUGAUGGUGCUCCAUACGGGCUCCAAAUCCCACCAUACGGUGGGUGUUGCUUUGGCCCGGGGUCUGAUUGCGGUUGGCCAUGAGGUUACACUGAUUUCGCCAUUCCCCCAGACGAAACCACUCCAAAAUCUGAUCGAUGUGAACACGCCGAAUAUAAUCAGCGUAAUGGCCAAUCACAAGGCUCGAAUACUAGAGAAUGCCAAAUUGCCUGUGCUCCAUCGGUAUCCUCGUAUCCAUGGCAUGGGUCUGGACCUAACCGAAGCCCUACUUGCGGCGCCCGCAGUGCAGCAGCUGCUGAAGGAGCAGCGCACCUUCGAUGGGGUUAUCGUUGAGGCCUUCAUGAACGACGCCCAUUAUGGCUUUGCCGAGCACUUUGGGGCACCGCUAAUAGUCCUGAGCACCCUGGGAGCCACCGGCUGGACAUCGGACCUGGUGGGCACGCCCUCGCCGCCCUCCUAUGUACCACAUAAUCUGCUGCAAUUCAGUGACCGCAUGGACUUCACGCAGAGAGCCCAGAACCUGGGCUUCCAGGUCUUUGAAUAUUUCUACCAGCGUUGGUUCAAUCUGCCACGACAGGAGGCCCUCUACAGGAAGUAUUUUGCGAACAAUACACAGGAUUUUUAUGAGAUGCGAAGGAGUACAUCGUUGGUUCUGUUGAACAAUCAUGUGUCCAUGAGUGCACCGCGUCCUUAUGCCCCGAACAUGAUUGAAGUGGGAGGCAUGCACAUCAAUCGGCAGGCCAGGCAGCCCCUGCCCAAGGACAUUGAGGAGUUCAUCGAGGGAGCCAGGCACGGAGUGAUCUUUUUUUCGUUGGGUUCCAAUCUCAACAGCCAAGAUCUGCCCCUGGAGAAGCGGCGAGCGAUUGUGGAGACCCUGCGUGGCCUCAAGCAGCGCAUCCUUUGGAAAUUCGAGGAUGAAAACUUUCCCGACAAGCCCGAGAAUGUGUUCAUCUCAAGCUGGUUCCCCCAGGAUGAUAUCCUGGCCCACGACAAGGUGAUUGCCUUCAUCACCCACGGCGGACUGCUCAGCACCACGGAAUCCAUCUACCACGGCAAACCGGUGGUGGGAAUACCCUUCUUUGGCGAUCAGUUCAUGAACAUGGCCAAUGCCGAGAUAGCUGGCUUUGGUAUCACCGUCAAGUACCACCAACUCGAGGCUCCGCUCCUCCGAUCAGCCGUCGAACGGAUCACCAGUGACGCCAGCUACGCGGAAAAGGCUCGCGAAAUGUCCAACCGCUUUCGAGAUCAGUUGGCGGCCCCCCUGGACCGGGCCGUCUAUUGGGUGGAGCAUGUUACCCGUCAGAAGGGCGCCAGGUACUUGAGAAGUGCCUGCCAGGAUCUGAGCCUCGUGGAAUAUCACAAUAUAGAUGUUUUGGCCACAUUCUUUGGGGGUUUGAGCUUGGUUAUCGUAUUGUUAUGGGUUCUGGUACGAUUUGUGUUGGUUAAACUUAGGGGGAGCUCGAAGAAAGAGAAAGCUAACUAGUCGGUAGGUUUUAGGUAGGAUUUAGGCACUCUCUUGGGCUGAUAACCAUUUGGUUUCAGACAGAGAUCUAGGGUACGGCUCAAUCUAGAAAAGAAGAUCGGAAGACGAAGGAUAGAGAUAGAUUGGAACCUAAAAUAGUUGGCCUUUGUAUACACCGUAGGUGUACGUCAGUGCUACAAAUAGAGACAUAUUUUAUAAGU